AAGGUAGCUCUCAACAUUGCCAAACAAUUGCAAUGGAGCAAACAGCUUUCAAAAAUGCUUGUUGCUGACUUGAAAGAGUAUCACAAAUGCUCUGGAGUAUUUUCCAGAGGGCAAGCUAAUGCACUUGAUUGGUGGGAAACCCUCCCAGUCAGUGCUGAGUGCUGUCCAUUGAAGGCAUUUGCAAUCAUAAUCCACAUGAUUGUACCUUAUGCUGCCAAUGUCAAGUGUUAUUUCUCAGGCCUGGGUGGGGUACAAUCUGUGAAGUGCUGUAACCUAUCAGUUCAGACUUUCAAGUCUCUUAGCAAACUCCAAGCAAGCUACACAAAUUUCUUGCAUAAGGUAGAUCAUGAAGCCGGCAAGGCAACACAUCACAAACAUGCCCAUAUGCACACUCAACCAGAGUGUGGACUUGACAUAGCCUUAGCAAACAAACUUCAAAGGUCUUUCACAUGGGUGCCUCCACUCACUGGUGACUCUCACAACUCAGACAAUGAAUUCCUUGCAGGCCUGGAGUCAAUAAUGGAUGAAGAGCUGCUUGAAGAAUUCACCAGGUUUGAAAACAAGAUG